GGAGACGAUGGUCAUUGCGCAAACAAUUUGGCCUGUACAAAUUCAAAUUGGCUUGGAGUGGACGUACAAAAUUUCAAAAAAGUGUCAAUGGUUUUUUCGACAUUGUUACAAGAACAAAUUCUGAUUAGAUAUAGAAAGUUGAAGUUUAUAAUAAAGAAAACUAUUUGUGUGGAAUUAUACAAAAAUGGCUUACGCUGAGAUGGAUAUGAAGGCGAAUCUGGCGGAUUUGUCUAAAAUACCUGUGAAAGAGUUCGAAAAACAUUUUCGUGAUUGGAUGGAACGCGACGAUGUGGCGCGGGCAUUGCAAGCAAAGUUGCGCACUGAUCUCAUAUUAAACUUUAAUAAAACUGCAUUAGGCCGCCAAAUAUUGGCGCAAACAACCACAACCACCACCGGCGGUUCUACGCAGCGUCUGACAUUGUCGCCAUUGGUGUUGGCGCUCAACACACUGGUGGCAGAGUUUCUCUAUGCACAAAAUUGCCAUUUUUCACUGUCAGUAUUUUGCACUGAGGUGCCGUUUCGCAAUACUCUGCCGGAUUUUGAAAACGCGCAGCACUUCCGUUUCACGAAUGAUGAAAUUAAGGAAAUCCUAGAAGCAAUUUUUGAUAAAACCUCCAAUGAGGCAGCGUUUAAAAAUAGUAUAAUAGGAAAAUAUGAAAGUAAUAAAAAUGUUUCAUUGCUGAUGCUGAUCAUGCGAUAUUUGUUGAGGCAAAAGGAGGAUUGUGCUAGAAAAUUAGCCUCUUUCAAAUCAGAAGCCGUCACGAAAGGAACACAAACUGCGCAAAUGAGUACUACGCCAUAUGAAGCGGAGCAAAUAUUGCCACCACAGCAUAGCCCUGAAGCACGAAAAUCAAAAACGGAGAUGCCAAAUAGUCAUUUAAAGUAUCUCAACAAGUACUUAAUGAUACUAUCGACUAAAGUGAAAGAAAUGUCUGAGCAGUUUGAAGAGAUGAGGAAGCAGCCUUACGCACUGCCAAGCACGCGCCUCUCAAAAUCUGUAAGAACGCGUCGGUACGAUAAGUUAAACCGCAGUCUGGAGCGGAUUACCAGCCAACUGAAGCAAAUGACACACACAAAGCGCAAAAGCAAGCAAGUUGUUGCCGUUGUGUCAGCUGUCGAUGCGCUAGCGGCACAAUUUUCAAAAUGCGUCGAGAGUUUCAGAUCGGUUUCGAGAGAGCUGAUUGCCAGCAAUGAGAAGCAACAGAAACUGCCAAAUGCUGAACCCCAUAAGCCACAGCAUACGCAAGCGGCAGUGCAGGUGGACCUUUCUUGCGGUCGCAUUCAAGGUGGCAAGGAAAAUAGGCCUGCUGAAGAGAAGACCUACACCGAUUGGGUGCACGAGAUGCGUCAUACAAAGAACGGCCAGAAGUUUUUGGACAGAAUAGAAGUUUCACUCAAAAAGGCGCUCAAUAGACAACGUGAGCUUUUGCGGAAUGAAUCCGAGGAGAAAUUGCAGCAUCAAAAACAGCUACUGAAAAUACAAUACAAGGAGAAGUUAAUGGAGCAUUUUAGCCAUCUUCCAGCAUAUGAUUAUUCCAGAGAAGCGCGCAAGCUCAACGAAAGUAUAGGCCAGCAACUGCAAGAGUUCGAGUCUCGUCAUUCGGCGUUACUGCAAAAGAUGGAAGAUGAUCAUAAGUUAGCAGCCAAGCACUUGCCAACAGCUGUUGGAGAAAUAGAAUCGGAACCAGUUGCUAAUGCGGCAACGGAAAUGAAUGAUAAAAUUGCGCGACCAGUUGUUAAAGAAAUGGAGCCUACCAAAACUCGAGAUCCGGUUUUGCAUGAUGCGGUGAAUACACAAAAACAAUUGCAAAAAAUGGUACAAAGUAUAGCACAGCAAGAACGCACUGUGGACCAAAUCGUGCACGACGCCAGAAUGCGAAUACAAGAACUUGAAAAUGAAAGCAAUCAGUUGGAGUUGAACUUCCGUAAUUAUCUAGAGCGUCAACGUCUGCAGGCCGAGACCAUGCGCGAAGUGGUGUCCAGUCUUUCAGAAAACCAUAAAAACGAAAAACAUUGCCUAAAAUAUAGCACAAACAAUCGUACACGUUUUAAAAGUAUACAGAAAACUUCCGAAUUGAAAACGGAAAACACUAAAAAAUGUGCGGUUAAGCCAAAGACCCGCAACAAAGCUGUAAAGCCAAAAGAUUCCUUGGAAGAUUUGACGGACCAAGAAAAUAAAAGUCCAAAUUUCAAAUAUCCAAAUGCAAUUUUGGAUGCGAAAUCAAAACUAUUCAAAAGUGAUGGGCGCUGCCACUAUUUAUCCACCAAACAAAGGAGAAAUGAUGAUGAAGCGCUUUGUGAGGCGGGUAUCGAAUCUUUUUACUACAACCGACAUUUCGGCAGGCACGGUUCGCAUAGUAACUUGGCACCGACCAAUGUUUGCACGGGUCAAGCGAAUCAGAUGCCUACGAUGCCUUUAAGCUCAACAGACGUAAAUUGCAUCGGCGACGCUAAUGCACUGAGCGCACGAGGCAGCGGAAAAGCGCUUGAUAAAGGUUGUAAAAUGCUUCCAAAUACCUCAGCUUCUGAACGUGAGGAACCUUCGCGGAUGAACACAUAUUCACCAGCUACAAUUCCAAAUACAAAAACAUCACGAACGCUCAAUCCGAAAUCAUUGCCACCAUUACCAGACGCACCGAUUCCAACAGUAAUUGGAUCUACAACAAUGUCACUUACUGUUGCAACAGUUGCGGCUGCCAAUGGUGCGCGCAAUGAAAAUGAAGUCGAAAGUUCGUUGGAAGUUUUAGCGAAUCAGGCGAAAUCCGAAACGUCCACCUCAACAAAUGGCGAUGGAAAUCUACCUAAUAAAAGUACAAAUUGUGACAGCUCCAAUGCAAAUCGAGCAGACCAGCCGCUAAGCACGCGCGUUAGUGGAAAUAUAGAACAAAAAAUUGCGCAGGGGCUGCUGAGUGAGGAAAGCAAAGGGGCGAAUCAGACAGGUACCGCAGGUUUUGAGGCAAAUGUUUAUGCGGAGCGAAUCACCAUCACAAAAAACCCAGUUACCAACGCAGUAACGCUGAUAGAAACCAUGGAAAGAAUGCAGCGGCUUUUUACUGAAAGCCCAACGAACGCAACGAAAAGAAAAUGGCAGCAGGAGCGGGAGAAAAUACAGCAAAAUCAGAAACUUCAACAAAGAUCUUCGAAUGAAGAAGUAGGAGAAAUAAAGGAACAACCUCAAACAGUUAGCCAAAGCGAGGAGAAUGCGUCCAAAAAUGCGUGCGAAAAACCCAGCACUUCCGCAGAGCGCCUGCUUGGUGUUAACGCAGAGAAAAAUAAGACGAACCAAAACGAUGAAAUACAGCAAACCUCGAAAAGCGAGGAGGAGUCUAACCAACCAUUAAAUACCUUCGUCAACACAGCUUCCGCCGUGGGUAGUAUCACGAAACAAGAAGGAACCACCGGAAUUAUACACCAAGCUUUCAAUAUUGCAGCCUCCAAUAAAGCAUUGGUCCCAACAAUUUCCUCUACGACCUUUUCCAUACGCGUAGACGCAGAUAAUCUGAAAGAAAGUGUUAGUGAGUCAUCGAUUGAAAUCGCCAGUAUGGCGGAGGCCGCGUCUGCCUCGUCCAUUGAGUUGGCUGACUUAAUCGCUGACGCCGAAGAGGACGAUUCGGAAGCGGAUGUGGAAGAAGAGGAACCAAUGGGUGGAAUUAAAAUAGACACUGCCUCAAUGCCGGCAAUCGAAGAGGUCUCAGAUGUUAGUUCUUCAUCCAGCAGCUUACUUAGCAUGUCACAAUUUGGUGGCGGUGGUGGUGGCGCAGUUCAGAGAAAGCAAAGUGAUAGUGGUAGCGAUUUCUGGUAGUAAAAUGCAAGCCCAAGCGUUGGCAGUUCUCCACUAAGGUAAUACUCAGCGAGCGCUGAAGAGUAAAUCAAGCACAAAAGUUUUCAACCAAAGUUUACAAAGCAUAAAAACCAUAAUAAAUAUUUUAGUUCACCAAUACGAAAUUAAGCAUUGAUUCAAUGGCUAUUUUUUUAAAUUCAAAAUAAAUAAUUUAAAACUGUUUUUUUUAAUGUGAAAUAUAAAAUUUAAAUAAAAAUUAUUUGUAAUUAUUCAGAAAUGACCGUAUAAUUGACAAGUAAAA